AUGCCAUAUUCAGCUCAGAGCAAUUUAUAAUUGCCUUUGCAGUUUGGCCCAUUUUACCUUCCGUAGCUACGAUCUGACGCACAACCGAGUAACGUAUGCAGAACUUCCGUUGUAAACAAAACCAAAACAUACAUCGUUCCACUGAGGCAAAAAAUACAAGAAACGACGUAAAUUUGUCCCUCGUCGAGAGCAGAGCGUUGAAGGCAUGCAGAAUCAACUGCAGCCAUCAUGUCUAGGAAACAGACAUUAAAACCUGUGCGGAGCAACAAAAAGAAUGAAGUGGAGCGCAAGAGGGAUGAGCGGGCAGCACGCCGAGCCAUCGCAAAAGACCGUAAGAACCGGCCUCAGGAUGGUGAUGAAGGUGCAGAGUUUGUUAGUUUCUCCAAUCAGCUCCAGGCUCUGGGGCUCAAGCUCAGAGAAGUCCCAGGAGAUGGAAACUGUCUGUUCAGAGCUUUAGGGGACCAGUUGGAGGGUCACUCGCGGGGUCACCUGCAGCUUCGUCAGGAAACUGUACAGUAUAUGAUGUCUCAUCGACAAGACUUUGAACCCUUCGUCGAGGAUGACGUUCCCUUUACACAGCACUUGUCAAAUCUCUCACAGUCUGGUACAUUUGCUGGCAACGACGCUAUUGUAGCGUUUGCUCGCAGUCAACAGGUGAAAGUGGUCAUCCAUCAGCUGAACACCCCACUAUGGGAGAUAAAUGGGGCAGAGAAGCAGGUGUGCAGAGAGCUUCACAUUGCCUACCGCUAUGGAGAUCAUUAUGACAGUGUGAGGCGGAUCGGAGACAACUCUGAGAGUCCUGCUCAGCUCCGCAUAGAGAAUAUGCAGAAUUCGCAAGGCCAGCAGCGUGAGUUUGGGGACGGUCAGAGGGACAGACAGAAGAACUCUUCCCACUCGGCCUCGGAGGAGGACAACGUGAUCCUGAACUCAAUAAAAAAUCGUGGAAUCCAGGGUGAUGAGGAGAACCUUCUCCAGCUGAGUGCAGCAACUAUUAAUUCUGAAUGGCUUGUUGGCUCAGCGUUGGGUCAGGCCUGCCAGGGCCAGUGUACCUCAGGAUCCUGCUCGGCCUGCAGAGCUGCAGCCACAGACUGCAGUGAGCACAAGCAGUCAGCAGAGGGCAGCAACCUACAGAAAUCUAAGAUAUCAAACAAGCAGAGGAAGGAGCAGCAGAGGCAAGAAAAGAAGAAGCGUCAGGAGGAAAGGCAUCGGCAGAAAUUUCUCCAGAGCAAAGGAAGCCCGGACCAGAACCAGAACCAGCCAGAAGCUGUUACUUUAGUACCAGCUCUCAACACCCUCAGUAUAUAGACUGGAGCGUGGCCAAAAAUUACCUACUGUUUCUUUAGCUACCAGUGGCUGUCGCUGUCCACAAAGUUUUGCACAUAGUCAGAAUUGGUUCAGUCACAGUGGAUGACUUUUCCUAAAGAGACUCCUAUAGUUUCUUUGCAAACAGUAUAACGGUGCCUGCAAACUGUGUGUGUAUGUGUGAGUGAGUGAGAGAGAGAGAGUGUGACUGUGUGAGAGAGUGAAAGUGUUAGAUUCUCAGUGUUGCUGGGUUUGGAUUCAGUCCCUGGUUGGUGUUGGUUUAUGUAGAAACUGACCCGCUGUGCUACCUAUCCCUCCCCCCCCCCGCCUGCUCUAUGCUGGACAUUUGACUUUUCAUGACAACCAUGCAGAUCAUUUUUGUGAAGCUGGGCUUUCUUAUUUGCCACAGAUUGAGUUGACGUUUAUUCAGAUCAGAUUUUGUUCGAUCUGACCAAAGAAGGAAGCGAAGGAGCAAUUGAAAGAUUGUUUUGCACACUGUUGAAGGAAUGUGGCAAUAAAAAAAAGAGAAUAAAUUAUA